AUGAUGUCAAAUACAAAUAAUGUACAUUUGAAUGAAUGCGCGACAAUGAGAACAAAAAAUGAAAACGAUGAAUUACAGCAAACUGAAUCUAUGAAUAGUCAAAUAUGCACUCUUCAAUCACAAGGAAAUCACAUUUUAUCGACGACCACAAUCGAGAGCCAAGGAUUACCACCAAGAGAGAACGAUCCAUUCGAAACAUCAAAUGCACAUAAUUCUAGUGUGGAAGUAAUUGACGCAGCUCAUGCAGAUGACAGUGAUAGCUGGACUACUGACGAUGAAGGCGAUUUUUACUCAAAUAAUGAGAAUCUUCCAACAGAUGAAGAUGAUGAUGAAAAUCAAUUUGGCGAACCUGGUUUAUCAAAUUAUUUAAUUAACAUUUAUCCAGUAACAACUGCCGAAGAAUCAUCGUGUGUGGGCAAAUUAUGUGAUAUUUGUUUAAAUGAAUAUAAAGAAACAGAUAAAUUACGCUUGUUACCAUGUCUACAUCGUUUUCAUGUUAAAUGUAUUGACAAAUGGUUAAAAGUAAGUUGA